GUCCGCCUCAGCCAAUCGGCGUGACUUGCUGCCUGCGUAUCUGGCGGGUUCGUGGAGGCGCUUCUGAACCAGCUGGCGGGAGAGCCUUUACAACGAGCAGGGCGGCUAACGGGCGCAGGGUGCCUCCACAGAAACGCUCGAGUUUAAAGGGACACGAUCCGCAGGAGAAAGUCCGCAGAGUGAUUACAGGCAGAUUGUGGAUGAAAGGAAAAUCGCCUAACGGGUUUUAUUUAAAUAAAGGAGCUCGGCUAUACGCGGUCCUUGGAAAGUGCUGCUGGAUUCAAGGCGAGUGCGGGCCUGAAAGUCUGACGCCGUGUGUUGUGCCGCUGCCUGUCCAACAAAAGGAGAGAGACGACGGAGUCUUGAAGUAGAGGUAACAGCUCAAGUUAUUCCUGGCCUGUGGCGUCAACUGGAGUGUGAGCGGGUGGAGAAAUGGCGAAGGUUCAAGUGCUGAAUGUGGCGGUCCUGGACAACCCGAGUCCCUUUGGCAACCCUUUCCAGUUCGAGAUCACAUUUGAGUGUAUGGAGGACUUGCCCGAAGAUCUUGAGUGGAAAAUCAUAUACGUUGGCUCAGCUGAAAGUGAGGAGUAUGACCAGACACUGGAUUCUGUGCUGGUGGGUCCUGUCCCGGCUGGAAGGCACAUGUUUGUGUUUCAGGCCGACGCUCCAAACACUUGUCUUAUCCCAGAGAGCGAUGCCGUGGGAGUCACCGUUGUGCUGAUCACCUGCACUUACCGUGGACAGGAGUUCAUCCGGGUGGGGUACUACGUGAAUAACGAGUACACGGACCCUGAGCUCCGAGAGAACCCUCCACUGAAGCCGGACUACACGCAGCUCCAGAGGAACAUCUUGGCUUCUAACCCUCGUGUCACCAGGUUUCACAUCAACUGGGAAGGCAACAUGGACAGGAUGGAAGAUGUGGAAAAUGUCGACCCUGCCCCCCAUGCCAUGCUGCCUCCAAACUGCGCCCCUUCCAAGAGCGCUGGCCUGAGCAUCCUGCCCGAGAACUCGAUGGACUGCAUGUAGGCGAGCCCCCCAAACACCCCCCCGGCCUGUCCUGGCACUGCCUUAACAUCGACCCCGCUGAACGUUUGUCCAGGGCCUGGCAGCACUUUGGCUGUGCCCAACUCGCUGCUCACCUCCUCUCAAGUGGCCUGAACCCUCGGAGGUGACCGUAUUCUGGAGUGCCUGUCACUUUGGGGGGUCCGAGGUGUCAUUUUUCUUGUUUUCAAACCUCCUCAUCAGUGAAUUGUGUUGUCAAAAACCCCAGACGUCUGAGCACUUGGAUUAGAAAGUGGCCUUUAGGACGCGGUGCUGGCACUUAUGCCAAGGAAUUCCCAAAGUCUUGUCCCUUAUGGGUGGGUGGGUACACUUGAAGAUUUUGUAACAUAAACUAAUGUGUACAUAGGAUUUAUUCUUUUGUUUUGUUUUGAAUAAACGGCUGAAGUUG